AUGGCGUUUCGUAAUGAUGAAGAGCUUGAGCGGUACCUAAAUAAUAUGGUCGAGGAUGAUGAUAGUGAAACAGAGCCAUUAGAGGCGGAGGAGGCUUCUGAAAAUGAAGAUAACGUGUCCGUGCAUUCCGAACAAGACGACAUUAUUUCCGGCUCAGAUGAAGAUGAUGUGCCUUUGUCACAGCUUCGAGGGAGUGUUUUGAAAGGUAAGAAUGGACAUGUUUGGUCUACUUCUGCCCCAUCAUCAAGCAGAACACCUCAGCGUAACAUAGUAACCAUCCAAAGGUCUUCGCAAGUCGCAAGUCUUCUAAUAUUGAAAUAG